AUGUCAAACACCACAGCAUCACAUAGCCCGACAACGCCGGAAACAAGCCGUCGAGAAAUAUCUGGCGCGACGGGCUCUCAAAGUACUUGUCGGCCUCGCCCUUGCAACACUCAAGGUAGAAGGCGAGGUUUGAAAGGGAAAAGGCCACCAAAAAGAACAAAAACCCAUAGACAGACUCCAAGUUCAAAAUGCCCGCGCUCACACCUAGGGCGAGCGACAUCACGUCCUGCACACGCUGUAGCUUCUGCUUGUUCACAGCAAUGUUCGGCUCAAAGUAGAUUUUGUUUCCAGAUUCGGGCAUUUUUCGUGUGUCCAAGUAUGGUCAGCUUUCAACAAAAGUCUAGUGACAGAUGGGAAAAGGACAAAGGCGCGCGAUUGCCCUGGCCCUCUGUGCAGUACCGACAUGCUAGUGGCGUUGGUAUGCGAUUCGACUCCAACGGCAAAAUCACAUAUAAUAGAGGGCCAGCCAGACAAUUGCCGCUUUCAGGUUCCACUUGA